AUGGAUUAUAUCAAUGCAAAUAUUUCUACUAUUGCUGACUUGGAUAAUAUCGAUGAUAAAUUUGAGGAGCUCAAAGGCUUGAAAGCCAGAAUAAAACGAAUAGCAGAAAAAAAGAGUAAGUCAAUAGAUGAAGACGAUGAAGAUAAUGAAGGACAGAAGAGAAUGAAGACAGAAGCAGAAGCGGUGUUAAAUGCUCUCAGAAAAAUAAGGGGCCUUGAGUUAGCGGAGGAUCAUACAAAUGACACGACAAAUGAGAGAGAGCUCGAGAAAGUAGAAGAAGAUUAUGGUGAACUUCAAGCUGUUUCACAAUUGAGGACUAAAUAUGAGAGAAAAAGGGAUAUUCUAAAAUCUAUAGAUUUCUUGAAUACUGCUAAAUCGGUAGAGGAGCGUAUCGCUGAACUAGAUGCCAGUAAAGAAGAAUUAUUUCCAGAAAUUGCGAAGGCUAUUGAUGAUUUGAAUGGUUAUAAGUCAGAUUGUAAAGAAGAUGUAGUACGUGAAAUUCUAGCUAAUUUUAGGAGUAAAAUUUCAAUAGCCAGGAAAUCAUCAGAGGACGAUCUAAGGCGCAUUUUAAGGGAGACUAAAUUAUUGGACCAACUGGCACAACCAAUGAAAAUUUCAUCAAGUGAAAUUGCAGAACUUGAAUCAAAGUUUACUAAUUUGAUCCAUCUUCAGCAGCUAUACCAAGUCCCACAAUAUCCACAUUCAUGGUGGGCUCUUGAUGUCUUGUUAGAGCCCAUAUUCGUACGUUUUAAUUAUCAUUUUAACACGCCUCAUAGAGAAACCAAUAAGCUCUCAAAGCCAGAAUGGGCACUUCAGUUUGUUGACAACUUUCUUUCAGAGAAAUUGCGCUACUUGGAGCUUACUUUUGAGCACAGCUUUACUAUUACUAAGAGAAUUUUCGCAUAUGAACUUAUAACAGCACUUUUAAAUCCAAUUCGUGAAAAAAUGCAUGGAAUGUUAAAAUCUAUAGAUGAGAAUAUUGAAAAGUUUAGACUUGAUCCUGUAAAGCUUGAGAAAAAUGGCCGGCUUUUAUCGCAUUUAAUUUACGAAUUGUCUUCUUUCGACCAAAGAUUAAGAACUUCUUAUAAAUACAAUCCCUAUAUUGAAGAUCUUUCGAUCAUACCUACAAGAAAAUGGGGUGGAAUAACAGCAGAUGUUUUCCUACAUGAUUCAGAUGAGAGCUUAGCUGCUGAUAAUUGGUUAAGCUUUGAGCUAUCUUUGGCAGAGAAACGGUUUUCAUCUGAAAUUUUGGGUUUUGAUGAUGCAUUCAAGAUAGACUUUGAUUAUCACGUUUCUGAGGAAGGGAUGGAUUCUAAAAGAAGCAGUUACAUUUUAAAGCCAACAUACUCGGCUUAUAACUUGACAAGGCUAUUGAAUAAUUUGACUAACCACUUUAAUACUUUAAGCAUUGUUAAGUAUCAAUUGAAGUACGUCUCGGUGAUUCAUUUAAAGUUAAUUGAUUCAUAUAUUGAGAGAUUAAGGAGCCUAUUCAAACAUUCCAAAGAGUUUUCGAAUCUAAGUUUUAUUCCUGGUGGAAUGAGCUCUGAAAGUUUGAGUUCUGAUGUUAAAAGCUCAUUGGGUGCCGUAGAGGAGAUCACUCAGGUUUAUUGUCUGGCAAAGUAUGUACAAGAAAAUUUGUAUCUAUGGAGCAACGAGCUCAUAUACAUUCAACUAUGGAAUGCUUUUAAGGCAUUCAGCUCCAAAGAUUAUAACGAAGAUCUGACUAUAUUUGACCUGUCUAUUGAUCAGUAUCAAGAACUUAUUAACAAGUGCAUUGCUAGGUUUGAAGACUUUUUUGAAAGAGAAAUGAAACUUUUAUUAAAGAAUUACGUCACUUCGGCAAAUUGGAACAUAAAGUCGCUCCCCGAUGGUGCAGAACCGUCUCCUGAUUUAUCACCACUUAUUGGCAAUCUUCCAAUGUACCUUGAGUAUUUGAAAAGGGCUCUCUCGGACCUUGAUUACUAUGUAAUCACCGAUAGAAUUGUGACUCGCUUAUCUAAAAUCUUUCAAGAUUACGUUAUCACUAAUAACACAUUUACACCCCAGGGGAUCGAGCAGCUCAAGCUUGAUUUCAGAUAUCUUGCAGAUUCCUUCGGAAUAGACCUUUUUUUGAAUAAUAAUAAUACUAAUGUUUCAAAUCUACAUAAUAAGAACUACUUAAAGGUGUCUCAAUCCAUCGAAUUGCUAUCCAGCUUGAAUGGUUUGUCUGCUAAGUCUUACAAAAAUAAUACAGUCAAAUUUAGAGAGUUAAGAUCCAAUUUUGAUUCCCAAUUGCACGAUCUUAAUGAUUAUGAGCUUAAUGACAUAGUUUCUAGAAUUAUAUAG